UCUAGACGCAGCUUCUCCAACAUAUAGGCCAUGCGCUCUAUCCAGGGUCACACGCAAGAAUUGCUCCGUAAUGCGAGAUACUAUCUGGAUUUAACUUGCUUCAGUAAAAUUGCUAUUGCCAACUUGAUUAAUUUCCUCUCCAUCCCUUGUCGAUAAAAUGACAGACAAACUUGUCGUCCUGGGCCAUACCGCCGAUAUAAUGCUUGGCUCAGCAUCCAUAACGCCGACUCGAGAUAUAACGGCGAUACGAGCCCACGACAAAUCACUGAUUCCAGAUUUAAAGCUGAGGUGUAUUCCUGAUGCUUUUCGUUAUCCUCCACUUCUCAAGCUGCUUCUCUGAUUCAUGGUCAUAUAACCUACACCCCCUUAUUGACAGCGAGAUUUCCCGUCUACAUGAAAGCUGUAUUAACGAUAAUUUCACCGGGUCUACGUACUCGACACAUCUAUCCCCUGCUUUCUGGUAGGCAGAGGCCGAUUGCCAAAGCAACAUACAUCCAACGACAGCCGUCUUCAACCUGGAACGGGAAUGCGUUAAAACCGGUGAAACCCGACGCGGAGAAGGGAGCCCCCCUUCAACAUUUCCUGACGACAACAGAUAAUCUUGUCAAUUGGGCUAGGCAGGGCUCCCUAUGGCCCCUUAGCUUUGGCCUUGCAUGCUGCGGGCUUGAAAUGAUGAGCGCUUCCAUGCCUAGAUACGACCAAGACCGACUUGGUAUCAUCUUUCGCGCAUCUCCACGACAGGCCGACGUGAUGCUAGUGGCAGGAACCGUCACGAAUAAAAUGGCUCCUGCGCUGAGGCUGUUAUACGACCAAAUGCCCGAUCCAAAGUGGGUAAUUAGUAUGGGCAGUUGUGCGAAUGGAGGGGGGUAUUAUCACUACAGUUAUAGCGUGUUGAGAGGAGUAGAUCGUAUUAUUCCGGUUGAUAUCUAUGUUCCGGGAUGUCCGCCGACCCCGGAGGCUUUGCUGUACGGAGUGUUUUUGUUGCAGAAGAGAAUGAGAAAAACACGGAUCACGAGAAUGUGGUAUAGGAAAUGA